GGAGCAAUUAGAGGUUAGGGUGCGCUCACAGUGCUUGCAACUUGCGAACGACAAGGGGUGAUCAUGCGUCUUGCGACUCUUGCGAGUGCUGAAUAAAACGCACUCAACGCACCCUAUUUCGCGUCUACACAACCAGUAGACAAGGUUAUGGAAGAGCCGCGUCGUAUUUAUAUGUAUGUAAACAAUAAGAGCGUUGUCUUGUUGUUGAAACACUAUUAAUAAAAUUAGAGUACCGAUUGUUUAAAUUUACUAGUAAGUUAUACAAAAAGUUUUCUGUAAUUGCACUAAAGACUCACAAAGUCGCACAGUGAUAAAUUUUAACGUUUUAUUAACUGGUCGCACAUUGCUAAUUCGCCAGUAAUCGGCGGAAUGAGCGUGCGUACGCAAAGGUUACUUCUGUGCGCUCUUGUGCUCCUAGGCAUCGUUUACCUUUGCACGAAUCGACGUGCGAAUGACAAAAAUGUGUCUCUAAAGCGACUUCUUGCCGCUGCGAUAAGAGCGGCGGAGAUUGGGGGACUGGAAGUGGUGAUGGUGCACGAUCAAAUCAAAUUCAAGAUAGAGAGCAAAGGUCAGACGAGGGAAGGGGUAAAUGAUCCAGUGACAGCGGCAGAUUAUAAAUCUCACUGUGCUAUGUAUCGCUCUUUGACAGAAGCAUUCCCAGGGAUUACUGUGAUAUCUGAGGAAACAUCGCAAGAUUGCGAUAACAUUGAAGUAGAAGAUAUUAAGAAUUCUGUUAAAAGUAUCGAAGGUUAUGAUUUGAGCGACGAUAUUGUAAACGUUAAUGAUAUUACAAUUUGGAUAGAUCCUCUCGAUGCGACCAAGGAAUUCACAGAGAAUUUACUGCAAUAUGUAUCCACUAUGGUAUGCGUAGCCGUUAAGGGACAACCAAUUAUUGGUGUCAUAUAUAAACCGUUUGAGACAAGACAAAAUUACAGUCUAUUCUGGACGUGGAGCAAUCACGGUGUGUCAAGAAACUUAAAAAAUUUUUCGAAGGUAAAGGAUUAUAAAACACCUAUCUUAAUUGUAUCUCUUUCACAUGCUGGACAAGUAAAAAAUUCAUCUAAAGUUGCCUUUGGCGAAAACGUUAAAAUUAUUUCUGCUGCUGGUGCAGGAUAUAAAUUUUUGGAAGUAGCCGCUGGUAAUGCGACUGCGUACGUUCAUACGACUGCUAUUAAGAAAUGGGAUAUAUGCGCAGGCACUGCAAUUCUUAGUGCUUUAGGAGGAACGGUAACACAGUUGUAUGAUCAACAGCUGAUUUAUUUCGGUGCUAACGAUGCCAAAGUACUUACAAAGGGUCUUUUAGCAACUAUGAGUGAUCACGGGUGGUAUUCCGAAAAAUUCUUGCACGAUUUUCCUUCCGAUUCACAUUAAGAACGCAAUAUAUCAAGAGAGAAUUAAGAUUGUAUAUAUUUAAAAAAUUCUGCUCUUUACUAUAAAAGAAUCUCUUCCAAAUAAUACAAAAAAUAUCAAUAUGUGUACGUAAUAAGAUCACAUAUCUUCCAACUAUCUUAAUUGUUAAGUAUUUAUUGUAAGAAAUAAAUUUGUCAUAAACUGUAUAAAAAUAGACUUUUAUAUAAUAAAUGAAUGAAAUGACAGCAA